UUAAUUUUUUUUGUUUAUAAUACUAUUAACAAUAUAUUACCUUCAGCCGAUAAAUCUGUUGACAUCUCUCAAGUCACUGCAUUCAGCCGCACCGGAACCUUCCCACCCCGCUCCGGACAUUGCAGCAACGUUCUCAACCUCCCUCUUCUCAAGUCACUACACCGUUUGCUUCAGAGAUGGGAGACCUAGCUGCUGAGAAACAUGUUAGAUAUAUACUAUCAGUUGAAAAGAAGAAAGAUAGCUUUGAAUCCGUGGUAAUGGAGCAUCUGAGGAUGAAUGGAGCAUACUGGGGAUUGACUGCCCUUGAUAUUUUGGGAAAGCUUCACGUUGUCGAUGUUGAUGAGGUUGUUUCAUGGAUCAUCAGUUGUCAGCAUGAGUCAGGGGGAUUUGGUGGAAAUGUUGAACAUGAUCCACAUAUCUUGUAUACGCUCAGUGCCGUGCAGGUGCUGGCUCUCUUUAAUAAGCUCGAUGUUAUUGAUGUAGAUAGAGUGACAGGUUAUAUUGUCAGCCUGCAAAAUGAAGAUGGGUCUUUUUCAGGGGAUAUAUGGGGUGAAGUUGAUACCCGGUUCUCAUACAUUGCUAUUUGCUGUCUAUCGAUAUUACGUCGCUUGGAUAGAAUAAAUGUGGAAAAGGCUGUGAAAUACAUUAUAAGUUGCAAAAACAUGGAUGGUGGUUUUGGUUGCACACCCGGCGGGGAAUCUCAUGCCGGACAAAUUUUCUGCUGUGUGGGGGCACUUGCUAUAACGGGUUCAUUGGAUCUUAUUGACAAGGACCUACUUGGUUGGUGGUUAUGUGAGCGACAAGUUAAAUCUGGAGGUCUAAAUGGGCGUCCAGAGAAAGAUCCUGAUGUAUGCUACUCAUGGUGGGUUCUAUCUAGCCUGAUCAUGAUCGAUAGGGUUCAUUGGAUUAGCAAGGAGAAGCUUAUAAAGUUCAUCCUGGAUUGCCAGGACACGGAAAAUGGUGGAAUUUCAGACAGACCAGAUGAUGCUGUGGAUGUCUUUCAUACAUACUUUGGGGUGGCCGGACUGUCGCUUCUUGAAUAUCCUGGGUUGAAACCGAUAGACCCAGCUUAUGCUCUACCUGUUGACGUUGUAAAUCAAAUUUUCUUUAGUAAAUAAGGACUUGGACGUCGACAAAUGUUAUCAAGUAAUGAUAAGGUCUUAUGUUUAGAUUCAUAAGAUCUUCAAUUCUUGUUAAUAGUAGUAUUAAAUUUUUCUGUGUAAAACAUCAACAGUUUGAGCAUCUAUUAGUUAAAUUUGCAGUGA